GUUGCGGCGUCGCUUCUAGCAAUCCGCACAGUUCGCAUCGAGACUCCGAGCAGAGCGGCAGUCGCUCCAGUUGCAGUUGCAGAUAGAGAUACAAGUACAGAUACAUCUACAGAUAUAGAUACAGAAGCGGAUCGAGGCUAGCGAUACAAAAUAUAGCUUCUGCGGCCAACCUUAAAACUCAACCAGUGCCAGAAAAAGCAGUGUGAAAAUGCCGUUCCCCAUCCAUCCGCCCAAGCAGAUGCCCUGCCCCCACUGGCAGCACUUCCCCAUCAGUCCCGUGGACAGUAAGCCGAAUCCAUUCGACUCCGUGGGCGGAGCGGCGGCAGCGGCCACCCAGGUCAACAUAGGGGUUAACAAGCCACCGGAGCCGGUAUCCUAUCGCUAUUGCUUGCAGUGUAAGAACUCCGGUAAGGAGCCAUCGAACCCCGCAGACAGGGAGUAGUCCCAAAGCCAUGGAGGUGACCCAUCAGGUCAAGCAAUCAGCCAUCACCUGUAAUCAGCCACUUCAAUAGAGGACGCACUUGGAAAGCCAAUUAAAACGGAAAACAAUCAUAAUAAUCACAGAACAUAGUUUUGAUUUUAAGAGAUAUGACACAUGUUUCCUCCAUCCCAACCAAACAAACCACCUAAUUUUUUUUUCUGUGCUGCUACACCAAUUUUUCUAUAAAAAAUGAGCUGAAUUUAAAGGUUACGCAUAAUACGAUAUAAUAAUGUCAGAUUUCUUAGUUUAUAUCUGAUAUGUGCGAAACAGUGUGAAUAACCGGUCAGACGUUAUUUUAAAGUUAUUUAAAUGCACUAUUGGUCUACUAAAAGCAGGUCAGGAAGUAACUUUGCAUACAUAAGAUGGCAUUUGAUAAUUAAAUAUCAGUGCUAAACGCAGCCCAAUUUUUUUCUGUGUUGUUAUUAUUUAACGUAACCUAAGCACAUGUUUCAUUCAUUUUUUUUGUUGCCCAUUUAACCAAAUUUUUUUAUUUUCGAUAUAAUUAAGCUAAGCAUUUUGUACGUAUUUAAUUUGUAUUUAGAGCUAAAGACUACAGUUUUUCAAUUUAUGAAUUUUUUAUAUGUAUUUGUAUAAGAGAAGCGCAAAUAAACGCACGACGCAUUUAAAAAACGAGUUCUACACAAAUACACAAACACUCCCCAAUA